CGUGAAAAAAGUUCUAAACUGUAUUUAUGUGUGGCGACAUUGUCGCAUAUUUAAUAAAAAGCUGGAGAACGGCGAACGGAAAAACACGUUGACAGCUAGUUUAAGCUUGAUCGAUCAAGAAUUCGUGUAUAAUGUUGGAGUCGAUAUUGAAUUGUUUUUAAAAAAACGCCUGAGCAGUGGUGUGCUGCUCUUUCCACCUGUGAACAAUUAUCGCCGUUAUCUUAUACAUCAAACAUGUGAGAACUAUCGACAGCAAUACGAUCUUCUAACGUUUUCCGUGGGUCAAGGCCCGCAUCGACGCACAGUUGUCUGUUUUCGCAAUCAGCUUAUCGAUCCGCACGGAUUUGAAUCCCGUAAACAGGAACAGCAGCAACAACAACAACAACCAGUGAAGAGCUGGCGAAGCAACGGUAGAAGUAGCAGCGCAAGUAGAAAACGCGUAACGGAUCUGUGUAAAAUGGGCGUUAAGAAGCAUAUCAGCGAAACUCCUUUAAGUAAAUCGAACUCUGUGGAUCUCUACAGACCGCCCGCACUCAGACACAAUAGCAGCGAGGAAGCAACAGCAGCAGGUGCAACGAACGAAACGGUGCCAGAGACGGCGGCAGCGGCACAAACGACAACAACAAUAUCAACUACAACAGAAAUAAUCUCGACAACUACCUCAGUCGCACGGAAAAGGUCUCCAGGCAGAGAGCAAACAAGCACCGCCGCGGCCGAAGCAGCAGCAGCAGCAACGCGUCGUGAACGGCGUCCCGAUCGCGCGGUUUAUGUGCCAAGGGCACGACGCAGUCAAACAACGCCUCCAACAACGACAACAAUGCCGAUGCCUACGCCAACCGUAGCAGCAGCGCCGACUACGUGCAAUCAACAGCUACAGCCACAGCCACAGCCAUUGGACAUGCCAGUUGUAAAUACAAACCCGUCCAAAUCAGACGACGGCAACGGGCAGCAGCAGCAUCAACAAGCGAAAACAAAAAAAUCAAGAUCUCGUCGAGAUCGCGGCAAGAAAUCGGUUGGCAAAACUAUUGAGCCAGAUACGUUGCUUGUGAUUGCGCCUAGCGAAAACCAAGCUAACCAAAUACCAGAUACGGCCGGACCACCGCUAGUUAGCAACUGUGAUAAAGAGACAAUGCGAUCAAAGACGAGCAAAACCCACAAACAGCAACAGCCGCAAUCGUUGCGCAUCGAAGACGCUGCGCCGCCAAAAGCCAGCUAUGCGCCAACGACUGAGGAUGUGAACAAAUGUGAUAACGAAGUGCGCGAACUGCAGAGAGCCUCCAAGGAAAUCAACCGCAGCAAUCGUCGUAUCAUGAAACAAACUUUUGUAUCGGAUGUGCUUGAAAUACCCGAAAAGAUUGAAUCUGCGCCUCAGAUUAGCAAUGCCACUGUCACAGCAGCAACUACAACAGCAACGGCAGCAGGAGCAGCGACUGCUGCAUCACUGACACCACCUGCCGACAGCACCACCGAGGAUGAUGAUGAGGAGAACGAAGAUGAUUGGGAGAAUAUGUUUGAUGAGAACGGCGACUGUUUGAAUCCAAAGAUUCUGCAAGAGCUGACCGAAUCCGUGGGGAAAUGUAAAAUCGAAUUGCCUAAAAUGGAUUACAGCCUGUAUCACAUUAAGCAAUCGCUGCUCAAUGAGGAGGAGUUUCCGCAUGUGCUGGAGAUCUCGAAUUUCCCAGUGGAAUUUAAGACACCGGAUCUGCUAAUGCUCUUCUCGCAGUACAAAAGUGCCGGUUUCGACAUCAAAUGGGUGGAUGAUACACACGCUCUGGCUGUCUUUAGCAGCUCCCGUAUUGCUGCUGAGGUGCUGACCAUGGGUCAUCCAUUUGUUAAGUUGAAGCCACUGGCCGAGGCUACACUGGAAUCCCGUCUCAAGGCGAAGAAGGCGGGCGCCACAUCGCUUCAGCCAUAUCGACAACGACCGGAAACUUGUACGGCGUUAGCGCGUCGUCUGGUGUCCGGCGCUCUGGGUGUUAAGUUGCCUACGGCACCAGAGGAAAGGGAGAAUGAAAGGCGUGUCCUACGUGAAGCCAAAGAACGUAAACUUUUAGCUGCCAAACAGCGCGACGAGGUCUGGGAGAGCUAGGCCAUUACGACUUGUGGCAUGAAUGCAUUUUUGGCGGCAUGCUACACAAUAGCUGUCCCAUAUCCAACUCUCACUAUCCCCUCAUUCUCCUUCUCCUUCAUUCUCGUUCUAUCUCUGUGUAACCCUUCUUCCGCACUGUCUCAAUCAAAGCUAGUGUUAAACGUGAAUAUUAUUUGUAUGCUUAAUUGUGUACUUUAAAUGUUUCGCUUUUCAUGCAAUUCGCAAUACAAAUUUUUGCUCAAG